AUGUCCGAAGUUAGAGGAUUGUACUCUAUCUACAAUGAAGCAGCUCUAGUUUUUGGUCAUCCUGGUUUACAAAGUCAAAAUAUUGACAGGCUGGUGGAUAAAAACCAUUUAGUUAUUGCGCAGGGUAGAAAUACAUUCCGCCACGAUUCUGUUUUAAAAGAACUUGUGGAGUUGCUCACUACUUUUUCUGGUGCCUACACUCCUGGUAAAAAGUCUAAACUUACAGGUCUUUUACAUCUCGCCUGCGAUUGGAUGAUUUUGUCAGACUUAAAGGACGGAUUUGUUUUCCCUGGGCAUAUUGCUUUAGCAUCACUCAGGCCAGAUCUCGUUAUCUAUUCCAACAAAAGGAGGUAUGUGAUUGUGAUAGAGCUUACCUGUCCAUGCGAGGAAAAUAUGGAAACUUGGCAUUCAACUAAGAUGUCCAAAUACAAUCCUCUGGAGAACAUCAUCAAACAAAACGGUUGGCAUAUAGAUCUUUUUGCCAUCGAAGUAGGUGCCAGAGGCUACUGCUCUCGAUCUGUUUCUUCUUGUUUGAAAAGACUGGGAUUGGAUCGCAGAAAAACUUUUCAAGCUGCUCGUCAACUUGGUGACAUGUGCAUGAAAGCUUCUUUCUGUAUUUGGGUCGCUAGAAAUACAAAGGUAUGGAAUUAA